AACUUUCCUGCGGAGCACACGCUACGCGUCUGGACACCGCGGGGACUUUUUUUUAAAAAUUUGUAUCCAGCAGCUUUUUCCCACGAGAUGUUGAUUGUGAUCGUGCGACGACAUCAUCCAAUCGCCUCGCGGUCACGCACAAGGUUGAGUUAGAGAAACAUUUUCUCCCUUUUUCAAACUGUAAUUUUCUCAUUGUGCUCACUGACAACUCCGGGGCCAAUACACACGCAGUGCGCACAGGUAAAAACGGUCCCCCCACCACCACCACUCCCACCCCACUCCUGAACAGGGACCGUCCAGAAAGCCGCGCCGGGAUUUUCUAUUGUUAUUACUGCUUUCAACUUGGAGAGAGAGUGAUCGAUCUGUUGGAAUUGGUUUUGUUCAAUGACUUGCAAGGUUGGAUCUGAACUUAUAUCCGGAAAGCUGUGAGAUUUAUAAAAUACAAAAAAAAAAAAAACCCCAAACCAAAAAACUAAGCGGUCGUUGGGAGCCACAGGAGGUUGGUCCACCAUGCAGCUGGACGGUCUGUGGACGGUCCACACCCUCCUGGCACUGUGCAGCUUGGCUUUUGGGAACCAAGUGAGCAAUGAGCCCUUGGCCGCGCCCCGUGUCUUCAUCUCUUUUAAAGAGCUGAGAUCUACUGGUACUGCUCAUCACUUCGCCUACCUCCUCAACACAUCUGACUACCGGAUCCUUCGUAUGGAUGAGGACCAUGAUCGCAUGUAUGUUGGCAGCAAGGACCACAUCCUAUCCCUGGACCUCCACGAUAUCAACAAGAACCCACAUAUUAUCCACUGGCCGGUGUCCGAGCAAAGAAGAAUGGAGUGCCUCGUGAGUGGGAAAGAUGCCAAUGAGGAGUGUGCAAACUUCAUUCGUCUGAUUGAACCAUGGAACCGGACUCACCUGUAUGUCUGUGGGACAGGAGCUUACAACCCAGUCUGCACCUUUGUCAACCGCGGACGCAAACCUCAGACUUCCAUGUAUCUGCAGAUGGCCCAAGCCAGAGGAAGGGCUAGCCGCGCAGCUGAACCCAGUGCGGUGCACGAGACACUUGGACUAAAGGAAGAAAUCUUUCAUUUGGAGCCGGGCAAAGUGGAAUCUGGGAAAGGAAAGUGCUCCUAUGACCCGAAGCUCAACAGCGUGUCAGCUUUGAUCAAUGGAGAACUGUACGCUGGGGUCUAUGUUGACUUUAUGGGAACAGACUCUGCCAUUUUCCGUACUUUGGGGACAAAGACUGCCAUGCGAACAGAUCAGUACAACUCCAGAUGGUUGAAUGACCCCACUUUUGUCCACAUACACCUCAUCCCAGACAGCGCGGAGAGAAAUGACGACAAGCUGUAUUUCUUCUUUCGAGAGAAGUCCUCUGAGAUGGGCCAGACCCCUGUGACCCAGUCCCGUAUAGGACGCAUCUGCCUGAAUGAUGAUGGAGGUCACUGCUGUCUGGUCAACAAGUGGAGCACCUUCCUGAAGGCCAGGCUCAUCUGCUCUGUGCCCGGGGCCGACGGCAUGGAGACGCACUUCGAUGAGCUCAGAGACGUUUACAUACAGCCAACACAGGAUAUAAAAAAUCCUGUCAUAUAUGGAGUCUUCUCUGUCUCUGGCUCUGUGUUCAAAGGCUCAGCAGUUUGUGUCUACUCUAUGGCUGACAUCCGCAUGGUCUUCAAUGGCCCCUUUGCCCACAAGGAGGGCCCCAAUUACCAGUGGGUGGCCUACACUGGGAAGAUACCCUACCCUCGACCCGGCACGUGCCCCGGAGGUACGUUCACCCCCAACAUGAAGUCCACUAAGGACUAUCCAGACGAAGUGAUUAACUUUAUGAGGAAUCACCCUGCCAUGCACAGUGCCGUGUACCCAGUCCACAAGCGCCCCCUAGUGGUUCGGACCAAUGUGGACUAUGAGUUCACAACCAUUGCAGUGGACCAGGUGACAGCUGCAGAUGGCAACUAUGAAGUGCUCUUCUUAGGAACUGACAAGGGAACAGUUCAGAAGGUCAUCGUGCUGCCUAGAGAUGACCUUCAGACUGAGGAGCUGGUUCUGGAGGAAGCUGAGGUUUUCAAGGUCCCUGCUCCUAUAACUACAAUGAAGGUCUCAUCCAAAAGGCAACAGCUGUAUGUUUCAUCUGUGGUAGGGCUGACCCAGUUGGCUCUUCACCGUUGUGACAUGUACGGUGAGGCCUGCGCUGACUGCUGUCUGGCCAGAGAUCCUUACUGCGCCUGGGACGGCAAGUCCUGCUCCCGUUACUCCGCCUCACAGAAGAGGUCUGACCCAUUUAGACGUAGCCGAAGGCAGGAUGUCAAGUACGGGAACCCCAUCCGCCAGUGCAGAGGCUUCAAUUCCAAGGCCAGUAAGAACACUUUGGAGAUGGUGCAGUAUGGGGUGGAGGGGAGCAGUACCUUCCUGGAGUGUCAGGCGCGCUCUCCACACGCUCUCAUCAAAUGGCACGUGCAGAGGGAUAACAGUGACCGCAGGAAAGAGAUGCGCUCUGAUGGUCGGGUUUUGAAGACAGAGCAAGGUCUGCUCCUGCGAUCUCUGCAGCCCUCUGACUCUGGCUUGUACCAGUGCACGGCCACAGAGAAGAACUUCAAACACACGCUGAUCAAGCUGCAGUUGGUGGUGUUGUCAAGUCGGGCUGUCAACAAUGCACUGGUGGAGGGCGGUGUGGGGUUGAUGGCAUCUUCUUUCCACUCCAGCAGCACGCAGUGGACCCCCAGUGCAGGUCAGUACAAGGACCUGCUGACCAUCCUGAGCCAACCAGAGAUGAGCCUGAUUAAUCAGUACUGCCAGGACUACUGGCAGUUUGGAGACCCGCUGCUGGGCCCCCUUAAGGCCCAAGACCUGAAAGAGCUCAAGGAGCAGAAGAAGCCCCGCAACCGCCGACAUCACAGGGACGAGGAGGAGGAAAGGGAGCAGCAGGGAGUAGAGACAUGAGGAGCCUGACUUUGUGUUUGAAGCACCCCCAGCACAACCCUCCCCCACCCCAUGAAAACUGGGAGAGACUCAAUGAGAGUAGCAGCGUGAAAAGAAAAAAAAAAUCCACAAACCGGAAAAAAAGCUGAGAAACUGAGAAAAAAGAGGCUUACAAACAACCCCACCCCCCACCCCACCCAAUACAUCCACUCAAACAGUAAGAUAUAUGAUACACAGUAUUUAUUGUAGGUUGUAUAUAGUCUCAUUCUGUGGAUUUCUUUGUACUUAUAGAAAAAACAUGCUCUUUGUGUAUAGGUACCUUUGGGGCAAAUGUUGUUAUUAUUGAUAUUGUUAAUUUUAUUGUUGCUGUUACUGUCGUUACAAAACUCAUCUGCCAGCAUCAUAUGACUUUGGCAACUCUUUGAAAUGUGUUAUCAGGCACGUAAGCUGUUGGGAUAGAGCUACAGGAAGCUCUGAAUAACGGGGAAAUGAGUUGUUGAAAGGAGGUGACGGGAUCUCUGUUGUUUUUCGCUUGCUUUGACUCAAUACCAGGAGUUUUAUAUUUGUGGACACUGCAGGAACACCUGUGAUGCAACCUCGUUGUAGCUGCACAGAGACUUCAUAUUGCAAGGGGACCAUUGACUUACGGUCCCGGUACUUCCUCCAUGGGAACCCAGACUUACAGAAGACUACUCAAAAAAAUUCUAGAAGUUGUAAUUGGGCCAUUUUAAAGGAAUCUGGUGCUUUCUUUUUGUUUUUGUCUUUGUUUUUUUGGAGGUCUGAAAAAAACAUGCCAGCACAGACACUGAUUAUGAUUUACAUGUUUAGCAGUGACAAAACUCUUACUGUACUCUACUCUUAGUAACCUACAGUUUCUUCUGGCAAUCAAUCCAAUUUAAAAAAGAAAAAAAAAAAAGAGAGAGAGAGAGAGAGUAAACAAAGCAAACAUCAGAGCAGUUAUGAUGCAAAUAAAUUUUUUCCAAUGCAAACAUCCUUUGAACUGAGACUGAGGUGCAAUAAGGGUUGAGGAUUUUGCACAUCGGGCAUUAUUCUUUUACGUUUCAGGGGACAUCGGCUGGGGCCAAAUGCAACAAGCACACUCGGGCAUAGCACAGCUGUGGAUGAGACAUUUGCAGUGUAUGAUGAGAAAGUUGCCCGGAUCAGGCAGCAGUUGUUAGCAGUUCUUGGCACGCAAGACAUCUUUUUUUUUUUUUUUUAAUUUCCUUUUUGACAUUCAUGUGUGGAAAAAAAAAUAGCCCGUAUACACAACAGAGCAUUGUAACAAUGUUGUGACACUAACCAAAAUAUUGAAUAUUGGGAAGCUGGCUUUCAUUGUGUGCAUGAACCUGUAUUUGUACUGUAAUUCUGAGAUAAUAAGAUAGUGUGUGUUUUUUUGUUUGUUUGUUUGUUUGUUUUGUUUUUUCAGUUUUUCAUCUCUGUGGGUGUACAGUGCCGUCUGACCAACUUACUCACUACAGCAAACUGGGGAAAACAAAUGCUUUAAAGAGACUGUCAUGUCAGAUAUUCCCUGUAUAAAGCACGAUACGUCUUUUUAUUGACAUCGUUAUAGAUCUUGUCAAAGUAUAAAGUAAAAUUAUGUUGCUUAUAAGUUUGGAUAGAGUAUAUGUGGGAGAGUGUCAUUUAAGAAAUGGAAAACGAGCAUCAUAUUAAUUACAUAGACCCUCUUGUUACGCCGUGCUGCCAAAAACAUUAAUACAGCACGUCUACAGGAAGUCAAACUCCUGUGUAAGAAAAUGUACGACAAAAAAACUGGAACAAGUUUAAAAUAUAUUUUCAUAUCAUUUUAACAUUAAGGGGCUUCUAAUACAUCUUGCCCAGCUCCUUUUCAGGCAGUAUGAAAGUCUGCGUGGAUGCCUCGGGGAAGAUACAUCUAUAAUUCAUACAUGGGUAUCCGUAUCUGCUCCUUAAUUUGGGAUCUGUCUGUAUUCCUGAGAAUCAAUCAAAGCUCCUGAUCAUCUUGUUUAAAUGAGACCAGGGUCUUAAGGCGAAAUAUAAAAAAAUGCAAAGAAAGGUUGUACAAUUUUGUUGGUAUUUUUUUUUUUAAAUGUGUCUUUAGUUUUUGAGUGUUUGUUUUGUAUUUUUUUCUUUUCUUUUUGCAUCAUCCAGACUUUAUGAAAAAAAUAAGCAAAAAAGAAAAUGCACAAAAGUGAUGUUAUUGUAAUGACUUGUGUAAAUUACUCUUAUCCUCCCUUUCCAUUGUUGUUGCUGACUAAUAAAUUAAAGCUCUAUAUUUUAUAAGAAUGGAAUGCUCCCCCCCUUCAUUGUGAUUCGCUUGAUGCUGGAUGUUUUCCAUGUUCUGCCUAGAACCCUCUGGAUCCUUGGAAUAAAGUUGUACCUGUAAAAGAGA